AUGAUCUUUAUUGAAAAAGUAACUGGUAAGACAGAGGUAAAAGCAUGUUACAAAUGUAAAGGCGCUGACAAUUGUGACCCAAACAAAUUGAAAGGUCAAGAAAUACGGACAUCCGGUGCAUUUGGUGGAAAAAAUCUCUAUUGUUAUUCGAAAUUUGAUCCUAAAACUGGGAAAGUCGUCGCUCGUGGUGGUUUUGGAUUUGGUGAAAUAUUGGAUAAAAAUUUAAAAUGUGAUUCAAAAUUUUAUUUAUGUUGUUAUGAAAAUCUUUGCAACACUCAAACAGCUGGAUAUUGUGCUGCAUAA